UAAAUCUCUCACCCAGAAGAGAAGAUCAGUAGUAAUCAAUCAUUUAAUUAAGCUCAUAUAUAUAUAUAUAUAGCCAGCCAUGGCGUACAUUAAUACUAUUGCCGACUUCUUGGCCACACUGUCCUUGGUUUCUCUACUAGCCUGCAGCCACGGCAGCGCCCAGCUUUCGCCAACUUUCUAUUCCAGCACUUGCCCUAAUCUCCAGACCCUCGUGCGAGACGCCAUGCGCCAAGCUGUUAACAAGGAGGCUCGAAUGGCCGCCUCCAUCCUUCGCCUCUUCUUCCACGAUUGCUUCGUCCAGGGCUGCGAUGCGUCGAUUCUGCUGGACGACACGGCGACUUUCACCGGCGAGAAAAACGCUAACCCGAACAGGAACUCGGCGAGAGGGUUUGAAGUGAUCGACACCAUUAAAACUCGGGUGGAAGCUGCCUGCAAUAAUACCGUGUCCUGCGCAGAUAUCCUUGCUCUCGCUGCUCGAGAUGGGGUUGUGUUGCUGGGAGGGGCAACAUGGACAGUGCCACUAGGCAGAAGAGACGCAAGAACCGCCAGCCAAAGCGCAGCCAACACCCAAAUCCCUUCCCCAUUUGCCAGCCUCUCAACCCUAAUCUCAAUGUUCUCCGCCAAAGGCCUCUCCGCCCGGGACAUGACGGCGCUCUCCGGCGGCCACACCAUCGGCCAAGCUCGCUGCUCCACCUUCCGAACCCGAAUAUACAACGAAACCAACAUCGAUCCUAACUUUGCAGCCACCCGGCGGCCCAACUGCCCGGCCUCCGGCGGCGACACCAACUUGGCCCCGCUCGACAUCCAAACCCCGGCCCGGUUCGGCAACGACUACUUCCAAAACCUGGUGGCUCGGCGGGGGUUGCUCCACUCGGACCAAGAGCUCUUCAACGGCGGAUCACAAGAUGCGCUUGUGAGGACUUACAGUGGGAAUAAUGCAGCUUUUUCCAGUGAUUUUGCAGCUGCGAUGGUGAGAAUGGGCAACAUCAGUCCCCUUACGGGAACUAAGGGAGAGAUUAGGAAGAACUGUAGGGUGGUCAAUUAACUGGUUUAAUUUGGCUAAGGCUUUAGAGAACUCGGAGAGUUCUUAUGGGGUUGUAACAAGCUUUUUUCUUUGUUUUUGUAAUUUUAUUUUCUAUGUAAGGUUCUUGGGUUGACUUUUUU